GUAUAUAGCCUCUGCAGAAGGAAGGGACGCUACAGUCUGUCUCUGUCUCCCUUCCCCGCCAUGGCAGCUCAGCUCUUCGUCCUCGCUUUGGCGUUCGCCGCCUGCACAGCAGCGCCGCAAUUCAGCAGCGAGGAAAUAGAACAGCCACCGACGCCCUACGACUUCGCCUACGGGGUGAGUGUGCCGAACACAGGCGACGCCAAGGAACACAAGGAGACCGUGUCCCCAUCAGGCCGUACUGAGGGAGAGUACCGCUGGCUGCAGCCCAACGGUCUGUACAGGGUGGUGCGGUACUUCGUGGAGGGAGACUCCGGCUUCCAGGCUGAGGUGAGCGAGGAGCCCGGCCCGGAUGUCGCCAACUACUACACCAACUCCCUCACCCAAGAGAGCAGCCAGGGUGGUGCCCCAGCCGCCUCCCAGAGCCUUGGCAAGAGCCUGGUAGACCUCAGGAGUUCUGUCAAUGCCAUCAGCGCUCCCAGGCCCGCCACCCGCCCGGCAACGCGUCCCAUCCAGACCUUCAGGAGCCAGCCACAGCCCCAGCCACAGCCAACCUUCAUCAGCCAGCCAGCAUUCUCCGGCAACAUCAUCGACGGCGGCAUCAUCGACGGCGGCAUCAUUGACGGCGGCAUCAUUGAUGGAGGAAUUAUCGAUGGCGGCAUAAUUGACGGCGGCAUCAUUAAUGCCAGCUUUGAGGACGACGGGUUCUCCGGCUGAAUGGUUCCCUCACGCUCACCAUGACUCGCCCCGUUUGUGUUUUUUUUCCCGUGAAAUACAGUGACACGAAAACUAACCACAGGUGCCGCCGGUGGCGGGGUAGACUUCCCAAGCUACAAACACUGCAAGCACCAUACACUCUUCAUACAGUAUAUCACAGGUACUCAGCUACAUCAUACAGGUAAUUGCUUCAGAGAUGUGUUGCCAAAGAUUUAUUGCUAAACUUGGGAUUUUUAUCAUUCCACCGGAGUUGGACCAAUAUUAUCUUGUAUUUCUAUCACAGUACAAAAUUAUAACAUAGGCAAUAAUAUGAACCUGUCACUGUAUUUCAUACGAAAUAGUUUUACUAUGUAAUAACUGGGCUACAUAUAAGUCUGUAUUUAUUUUGUUAAACAAAAUAGUGACUA